AUGCGCAAACCAUCUGCAUGCAGUGCAUGUCGAGCUCGUCGGCGCAAAUGCAUCUAUCCGACAAACCGGCUGGCAACGGUGUGCGAGUAUUGCUUGUCACAUGGUCUACAAUGUCUCCGAGGCCCACCAGAAGGAGGCUAUUAUGCCAAUCGCCAGGCUAGACUUCAUGAGAGUAUUGCAACUCAGCAAGCUCUCUCGCUCCAAGCCAAGACAUUGCCAAACCAAGGCCACGAGGAUCUACCACCGGCCGCCUUGAGGCGAGCGUUAGUGGAGCUGUAUUUCGACUACAUUCACGACCAAUUUCACUCGAUGUAUCACAAAGCGUCAUUCAUGGACGAUGUGACCAAUGACCGGGUACCGCAUAUAGUGCUUUAUGCUAUUUUUGCGCUUGCCGCAAGAUUCUCUACCGAUGAGUUUUUUGACGGAACUGAUCCGAGAGAAAGGGGCGAGGUCUACCGCACAUCAAGCGAGAAGCUCUUUAGUAUCCGCGAGCUCACCCCUGUAACAGUUCAGGUAUGCGUUUUGCUGGGAGCAUAUGCCGCUGCGAGUGGCGAGACAGACGUCGAGAACCUAUACUACAGUAUGGGCGGAAGGCUUGCUCUAGCCCUCGAUCUUCCCAAUCGUCCCGUCACAAGUCUGGUGGAACGCGAAGUCAACAUCAGAACUUGGUGGACUCUAUGUAUGGUUGAUGUCUGGUCAUCCACAGCCGUGAGACUACCACGUAUCAUGCCAUUUGAUAGCGCUGUGCCACUGCCAGUGGAUGAGAUACCGUUCUCCGUAAUGAACAACGAUCUAACGGGAGACUUCAGCGACCAAACGCCGUACCUUAACUCUCCUCUCCUUGCUGAGAUGGUAAAGCUCAAUCGGAUCCUGGCGAGAAUCAUCGACUUCAAUCGAGUGUGCGUAUCAGAACAUCUCGAAGGCCCACCGCUUGAAAGAGGCAUACGAGAACUUUCUCGCGAUCUCGACGUCUGGUUAGAGGAAGUUCCGCACCAGAUGCGUGAUACGCCAGCAAAUCUCGAAGCCUUCGCAUCGCGUGGCCUUGGCCGAAUGUUUGUAGCUGUGUAUCUUGGCUAUUAUCAUUACGGGCUGCUUCUCAACUACCAAUUUUUGUCUUCGUCAAUUGACGCGCCAACCGACUCUGCAAAAUAUGCUGACGCCUGCAAGCAACAUGCAGCCCGGCUAUGCGCCCUCGUCUACCGCUCGCAUUCUACACCUGGUAAUGAAGUUUUGUAUUCGGCAGUUUCACACAUUCUCGUCGUUGCUUCCACUGUCCAGAUUCAUACCCUACUCUUUUCUGGCGAUGAGGGCGAGAUACGUAUAUCGAAGUCCAGGUUGGAACGCAACUUUGAGAUACUCUUGCGUCUGAAAACGUAUUGGCCGAGUGUUGACGGCGCGAUGAGCCGUCUACGGGCGUUUCAUCAAACUUGUCUCCGAAGCAAAGAGACAAGCUUCGUUCUUGAUCGAUGGUUGCUGCGCUUUCUGGUGCAAUUCGCACCUCAUAUGGAGCUCGAGCCGAGGGACAAUGAUCCUGAGUACGAAGCACUGCUCGCGUUAAGCAGGCAAUCCCCACUAUCGUGCUAUUCAGGAUUGUCUCUGUAA